UGUGGUCUGGGGUAUCCGAUUCGGGUAUCGGGUUAGCCGAAAUGGAGCCGCUGUGCAACGCUAGCGAACCGCCCUUACGGCCGGAGGCAAGGAUGUCCUCCGGGAACGGCGAACUGCAGUUCCUCGGCUGGAACGUGCCCCCCGAUCAAAUCCAGUACAUUCCGGAGCACUGGCUGACCCAGUUGGAGCCACCCGCCUCCAUGCACUACAUGCUCGGCGUCUUCUACAUCUUCCUGUUCUGUGCCUCCACUUGCGGCAAUGGCAUGGUCAUUUGGAUCUUCAGCACCUCCAAGUCCCUGAGGACACCCUCGAAUAUGUUCGUUCUCAACCUGGCCGUCUUCGAUCUGAUCAUGUGCCUGAAGGCUCCGAUCUUCAUCUACAACAGUUUCCAUAGGGGCUUUGCUUUGGGCAACACCUGGUGUCAGAUAUUCGCCUCCAUUGGCUCCUACUCGGGAAUAGGGGCUGGCAUGACCAACGCCGCCAUUGGAUAUGAUCGAUACAAUGUGAUCACCAAGCCCAUGAACCGGAAUAUGACGUUCACCAAGGCCGUAAUAAUGAACAUAAUCAUCUGGCUCUACUGCACUCCAUGGGUGGUCCUCCCACUGACUCAGUUCUGGGAUAGAUUUGUGCCAGAGGGCUACCUCACUUCCUGCUCCUUUGAUUAUUUGUCGGACAACUUUGACACUCGGCUCUUUGUGGGCACCAUAUUCUUCUUCAGCUUCGUAUGCCCCACGUUGAUGAUCCUGUACUACUAUUCACAGAUUGUGGGUCACGUCUUCGGUCACGAGAAAGCUUUAAGGGAACAGGCCAAGAAGAUGAACGUGGAAUCGCUGCGAUCCAACGUAGACAAGAGCAAGGAAGCGGCGGAGAUCCGCGUGGCCAAGACAGCAAUUACCAUCUGCUUCCUGUUCUUUGUAUCCUGGACGCCCUACGGCGUAAUGUCUCUAAUUGGGGCAUUUGGAGACAAGAGCCUGCUCACUCCAGGCGCUACCAUGAUCCCGGCGUGCACCUGCAAGCUGGUGGCAUGCAUAGACCCAUUCGUCUAUGCGAUAAGUCACCCAAGAUACCGCAUGGAGCUCCAGAAGCGUUGCCCCUGGUUGGGUGUACACGAAAAGUCGGGCGGAGAAGCCUCCUCGGCCCAGUCUACGACCACGCAGGAGCAACAACAGACCACAGCCGCCUAGAAUAAUGGACAUUGAUACUUGGACUCUAUGGAAUUCGUAAUACAAAAGCCUUGGGAAACUAUAAAAUAUCGAACGAAAACAGAAUGAAUUUCUUAUAAUUUGUAGCUACAUAUUUUUUGUUAAUCAAUAAAUAGAAAGUUAUGGCAAACAAAGAA